AUCUCGACCCUCCCAUCAAAGCAAACGCAUCCUGACCGUACACCCAGUGGGUUCGUCCUAUAACUCGCAACGACAGAAUCAUUUCCCUUUCUCUUUGCCAGUUCGGAAGCGUUGUUAGGGCGCAAGCGAAAAUUUGGGGAUUUUUCUUACCAGUCAAGCUUGUAGUGCCUAAUUGCAAUGCACGUAUAGUUAUAUGGUCAAAUUUUAGCAGUAGUCAUUUUUGAUCAAAUUUGGGUUUUAAUCUGAAUAUGGAUUAUCACUUUUCGCCUAAAGAUAAGGGAAAUGAUCACUGGGCUUCUGCCAGAGCUCAGGUUGAGAAUUUGGCAUCGUUUGACGAUGGAACAAGGAACCCGAUCUCAGAGGAUAUGUUUAAUAACAUUUCUGAGCUCAUGAACUUUGACACUUAUGCUGGAUGGUGCAGCCCAGCAGCAACGGACCAGAUUGCAGCCUCUUUGGGGAUGCCAUCAUGUCCAUCAGUGACCUAUACACCCUUGGAUGCCUUGAAUCUCGUAGAACAUAAUGGUGAGCAAUUGCUAGUUACGAGUGGUGCUGGAACUUUCAAUGUUGGGGGAAGUUUCAAUUGUGGAGACAAAAUUGUGUUUGAGCACAUGGGAACCCCCCAAUAUGGUGUUUCAACAGAUUCCAAUGAUGCUAAUGACUCAAUUGUUAAGCUAAAUAAUGGGUCUUUUCAACAGAAUAAUGUCAUGGGCAUGGAAGACUAUAUGAUCUAUAGGCCACCUGGAUUGUCACUCAAUGAGAAGAUGCUUAAGGCAUUGUCGAUGUUUAAAGAGACCUCUGGUGGGGGUAUUUUAGCACAAUUAUGGGUUCCCAUGAAGCAUGGUGAUCAAUACUUAUUAAGCACUUGUGAGCAACCCUAUUUGCUUGACCAUAUUCUUACAGGGUAUCGUGAAGUCUCAAGGAUGUUUACGUUCUCUGCAGAAGAAAAACAGGGUUCUAUCUUGGGUCUUCCUGGCCGUGUAUUUGUCUCCAAAACUCCAGAGUGGACUUCAAAUGUUAGUUUUUACAAUAAGACUGAGUACCUGCGGGUGGAUCAUGCAGCUAAUCAUCAGGUUCGUGGAUCAAUUGCCUUACCGAUUUUUGAUUUUGACCUGGAAAGUUCAUGUUGCGCUGUAUUGGAACUUGUCAGUACAAAAGAGAAACCCAAUUUCGAUACGGAGAUGGAAAUAGUUUGCAGUGCACUUCAGGCCGUUAAUUUGAAGACCAAUGCGCCUCUCCGACUUCUUCCCCAGUGCCUCUCAAAGAACCAAAGAGCUGCUUUAACUGAAAUAAAUGAUGUCUUGCGUGCUAUAUGCCAUGCACAUUUAUUGCCAUUGGCUAUGACCUGGAUUCCUUGUUGCUACUCUGAGGGAGAUGGUGAUGGAAUUAAAAGAGUACGUGUUAAAGGGGGUUUUACAAAUUCAGAUGAGAAAUGUAUACUUUGCAUUGAGGAAACUGCUUGUUAUGUAAAUGAUAGAAGAAUGCAAGGCUUUGUGCAUGCAUGUGCGGAACAUCAUCUUGAGGAAGGGGAGGGAAUUGCUGGUAAAGCACUGCAAUCAAAUCAUCCAUUCUUCAUUAAUGAUGUUAAAGCGUAUAAUAUAUAUGAAUAUCCACUUGUUCAUCAUGCACGCAAGUAUGGUUUGAACGCCGCAGUUGCAAUUAGGCUAAGGAGCACCUACACCGGUGAUGAUGACUAUAUAUUGGAGUUUUUUCUCCCUGUCAAUGUGAAGGGGAGUACAGAACAACAACUUCUGUUAAACAACCUCUCAGGUACCAUGCAGAGAAUUUGUAAGAGUUUAAGGACAGUUUCAGAUGCAGAAUUAGUUGGGUUAGGAGGCGCCAACACUGGGUUUCAGAAGGAGACAAGCCCUAAUAUCCCAGAAAGAAAUUUUCAGACAACACUGUCAGAUAAUGAAAUGAAUUCAGCUGAAAAUGUCACCUUUAAUGUUUUAAAUCAAAGAAAUAGGGGAAUCGAAAGAGUUAAUCCUCCUAAACAGGCACCGAGUGGGUCAAUAAGGCAGGCGGAGAAAAAGCGAAGUACAGCGGAGAAAAAUGUAAGCUUGAGUGUUUUACAGCAGUACUUCUCUGGGAGUCUCAAGGAUGCUGCAAAAAGUAUAGGAGUUUGUCCCACUACGCUAAAAAGGAUCUGCAGACAACAUGGGAUCUCAAGAUGGCCAUCUCGUAAAAUAAAUAAGGUGAACCGUUCAUUGCGGAAAAUACAGACGGUGCUUGAUUCUGUUCAGGGGGUGGAGGGAGGAUUGAAGUAUGACCCAACUACUGGGGGGUUUGUGGCAACAGGAUCCAUCAUCCAAGAAGUUGAUGCACCAAAAAAUCUUUUAUUUCCUGAGAAGAACCUGCUUAUUGAGAACUCUGAGUCAGUUGCCCAACAUCCCAUUUCAAUGCCUUCAAUGUCCUACAAUAAUGGUGAGAGUUUGACAGUUAAAUUGGAAGAGGAUGGGAAUUGUGUUCCAACUUCUCAUGAGAAAGAGGUAAAGACACAGAGCAUCCCUUUCAUGCCUCAAGGGGACUCUAAGCCGAUUGCAAUGGAUUUUGGAUCAUGCGAUCCUACUAACCAUGGGAUCACACCUGAUUUGAAGGGCUCUUAUCUUGCAAAAGAAGUUAAUAAAUGGGGUCACAUCCAAAACAGUCUAAGGUUAGACAAUUCUGACUGCCACUUUGUGUCUCAGAACUCAAGCUUCUUGGUUCCUGCUGAUGAGAUGGACAUUGGAGUACAUGGAGAUGAUGGGAUUGUUGAAUAUAACCAACAUAGUUCUUCGAGCUUGACGGAUUCAUCGAAUGACUUUGGUUCAACAAUGCAGGGAUACUCAUCAAGCACUCAGAGCUUUGAGGAGCAAAAGCACCCACAAGUCGAGACAAGCACUGCAGAGAAUGGGUCAAAAAUAAUCGUGAAAGCUACUUAUAAAGAGGAUACAAUCAGGUUCAAGUUUGAGCCUUCUCUUGGGUGCCUUCAACUGUAUGAAGAGGUUGCAAAGAGGUUGAAGUUGCAAAAUGGGACAUUCCAACUCAAGUAUUUGGAUGAUGAAGAGGAAUGGGUGAUGUUAGUCAGCGAUGCAGAUUUGCAGGAGUGUCUUGAGAUACUGGAUGACAUCGGAAAGCGUUGUGCUAAGUUCAUGGUCCGUGAUAUACCUUCUGGCGUGGGUAGUUCUGGAAGUAGCAACUUUCUGGGGUAAAUUUUGUGUUUGCUUUUAUAGUAUACUUGAUGGUGAGAGGGGACGUUGAUGAGAUGGUCACCAAUUCAGACGUCAUUGCUCCUUUCUAAUAUUAGCAGGUUGGCUAUUAUAAUAGUUCCGAAUUAAGCAAAGAGAAAAUAUGGCCUAUAUGAUCCAUGUUACAAUAAGCUCUGUAUAUGUUAGAAUGGAUGUAGUCAUAGAAAGGUUAGAGGGGUAUUAAUCUGCAAUGCUUAAUCCCAGUUUGUACAGAUCGUAUAUAAUAUAUAUAUAUAUAUAUAUAUAUAUAUAUAUGAACUUGAAGAGAUAAAAUUUCCACGACGUGAAACACUUUUAUCUUUCAAAUCAUUUUUGUUCUAAGGGAAAAGUAUUUUAGGCCACAUUAUGCUCGCCAAAUAUAGUUCACUUCUAUCACCGCCACUGGUGGAGUUCAUGAUGCACCUGCUUUGAAGCUUGCUGAUGUUGGGAUUGCAAUGGGGCAUUUCUCUGGAACUGAGGAUUGGGAUGUACGCUGGACUGGCAACUGUCGGCAUAUUCGUUAUUUGGCAUACACAUGGUUUUUCUCCAGUCUUAAUCUCAGUGGGGAUGGCUCCCCCUGUGUCACAUAAUCCCAGCUCACGAAUUGGGGAUAGUUUCAGAUUUUCUCCUUUGAUGAUAACCCCUGUGAUGAUUUCCAUGGUGUCCCUCUUCGUGUUGAUCCCCAUCAAAAUGUUCAACUCUCUCGGACCCUCACGCUUUCUGAGGACGGAAGUUUUGUGCCAAUGCCCCAUGGAUAAACUCCUGGUUCCUCACAGUCAUGUCUGUUUCAUUUCCUCACAGUCAUGUCUGUUUCAUUUGUUCAUUUGGCCCGCACUUCUUGAUCCUCCAUGCGCUGUUCUUUGUUCAAGUAUCCCGUGUUGUGCCCCUGAGCUAGAACGAGCGGUGGCUUUGGCAGUUGCAUUUCCGGUAAUUCUCGUUAUCAUGAUCCUGAAGUUUGUGCAGAGAUGGACAACCAGGUUUCAACUUUUGCAUAAGCAGAGCCCCUGAUCCAAAUAUCUUUGCUAGGUUUUAUUUAUUUUGUUUCUGUGUUCAGUAAACAUUUUUGUGGUUGUGAAAACUGGUUUAACUUUCCCCUUCAUAUCCGUAAAAGUCUGGUCUACCAGGCUAACAUGUGCAAAGUUCUGUAACGUGGUAGAUACAGUGGAAUUUUCUUCCCAGGCUCAUAAGCACAUUGUGUAAGAAUCGUCGUUCACUAGAAACGCGUUGAAAGUUUAAUUAAAUAAAGGUGCUCUUUUGAA